AUGAAGACGCUCCCCAGCUCCAUCCAUGCUACACCAUGCCCGCUGCCGGUGCCAUCGUCAUUUCGGCCUAAAGUGGAUGUUGCCUCUCCUGGUCAAAGGUCCGAGUCACCACCUCAAGCCGUGCCCACGAAGGAGGAAUCCGAGAAUCCUACGACUCCAAUCAGACUUGGUGCGUACAACGUGGAGGACGAUGCAGCAUAUGCCUAUGCCGCGGCUGCGUACGUGAUCCGGCGCAAGGAUCACAUCCCGCACAUGAAGGUGCUGACCGAUACAGAGAUGGCAGCGCUGGAUGGGUGUGUCAGAUCGGACGUGAGGCACCUUGUGAAGGCUCGUCUGUGGUGGAGGUGGCGUCACUGGAGGACAGCAAUGGCAGAAUUGGGCAUUGCACCCGGGACUCCAUUCCCUCUCGAAAAUGGAGGUUCCCGCUCGCCUCCUAUCAGCAUUGGUGAUGACGAAGGGGAGUACCCGCUGACACUGAAGGAUGAUGCCGCUGACGAGGAGAUGCAGGAGCCAGAGCUGGGGUAG